AUGACCUCCUUGCCUGUCUUGCUGAGGCAGCAGCUGCUGCGCCGUUGGGCGCCCCGUCCGUGCCAGUGUCCGGCGCCGCGCUUAGAGCGACACUUGACCGCGGUGCUGGAUCUCAGCUCGGACCAUCAAGCGAGUCGCAACUGGUGGUUCGGCCACAUCCUUCAGUUGGACGAAUAUCGCCGUCUCCACCGGCUGAAAUGGAAGUCGUCGGUACAUCUGGCCUUCGUUCCGAGCGCGAGACCGUCCACUGCCACUGUGCACGCCACGCAGGCGCAGUCGCAGCACCAUCAGGCGCCCGCUAUUACGCCAACAGAGUUUGAGCGCCAUAGCGGUCUGCUAACCGCGAAAAAAUGGCGCAACAGCAUUCGCCUUCUGCAGGGUGACGGCACCAUCACCAUUGGCAAAUGGCUGGAACAGCAUAAUAUCCUGCCGCGCCCCAAAUGCAGCGGGCCACUCGGAUCACCUGGCCCAGGCGGCUCCGGGAGUAUGGCCGUCAUCUAUGGUUUUGGCGCCGACGGCAUCGGCCACCCGGGGGGCCUGUCAUCAGGGACCAAUGACAACAGCCACGCCCAUGGUACCCGCGGCGGCGGCGGCGGCGGGUUUGAGCACCAUGUCGUACACCCCCAACUGGGUCGCUGCACAUUACCCCCGAGCCGCUACCCCGCCUCGGAGUACGUCACAGGCGAGGACGAAGAGUACGACGAGGUAGGUGCGCAGCUCGCCGGCGGCAGCGGCGCCGGCGCGGACGAGGACGGGCUGGUCGCUGGCGAGGACAUGUACGGCGCGCUCGAUGACGGCGGCGAUCCUGAGGACGGGCUGUACAGCGGCCCGUCGGAAGCCGCGGGGAGCCGUGGCGGCAGGCGCCCCGCGGCCCACCGCGGCGCUCGGUCGGGCGCAGGAGGACUUCGGGCGUCAGACCGCCGCCGGGUGCAAGGGCGGCCUGCUGGCACCGGUGCCGGCAGUCGCGCGUCAUCGGGACGUCAUGGUCCCCGUGGCCGACUGGCGGGACCGCAGCAACGCGGCACUGCUACACUUGCUGGCAUACAACAACAACAGCAGCAGUUCCUGCAGGGGCGUGGCGUCGUUCUAGCGGGCAUGGCGGACAGUAGCCCAGGUGUUGGUUCCGGAGCCGUGCGGCGGGGCUCGGGCUCCGGAGCCGGUCGCGGGGCUAGCAGCCUGGAUGACGGCGGUGAGGAGGACGAGGGGGGCAACGGUGGCAACGGCGCAGGUAAGGGGCACAGCAGCAGCGAGGGCAGUCCGCCGUCGGACGACAGCAAGCGUCGCGGCGGCGGCUCCGGCGGCAGCGGAGAGGGCGACGGCAGCGGCACCGGUGACGGCGGUGACUCGUGCCGGCCUGGGACAGCUGGCAUGGACGGCGAGCGAAGGGCGGCAGAUGAAGCCCCCGGCUGUACGCGGCGCUCUAUGCGACACGGGCUGGGGACGGCCAAGGCUCAGCUACAGCAUCUCCACCUCCACCACCACCACCACCACCAGCAGCAGCAGCAGCAGCAACAUCGUGAGGGCGCUGCGGACCCCGGGGGUGUUGCGCAGGACCGUUCCACUCGGCACGCCGCCGCCGUUAAGCGCCUACCCCCGGAGUACCUGACCGGCUCGGAGAUAGGGCCGCUGCUCAAGAGGUCCCGCACGAGGCCGAGUGGCGCCGCCAGCGUGGCGGGGCCUGGAGGCGGCGGAGGCGAAGGCUGGAGCCCCGCCGCCGAUGAGCUGGCGGCGCUGUACGACAUUGCCGCGGCGGUGCCGCAGGUUCGCGGGUGGCGCUUCCUGGGGUCGUCCGCGGACCCCAUAUCUGACCAGGUGCUCAUCAGCGUCAGCAUAAACGGACGAACCUAUACGGGCCUCUUGGCGCCGCAGCAGUCCGUACCCGCGCCGCCGCCGCCCCCGCCGCCGCUAGCCACCGCCGCUGCCGCUGCCGCUACCACUGCGAGGCUCCGGGCGCCUCUGGCGGCGCAUGCCGGUUCCCCGGGUACUGGGGCUGGCGGCGGCGGAAGUAUUGCCGCGGCCGCCGCACUGUCAGGCCGCAGGCCAGGGAGUGCUGGUGGCGGCGGCGCGGGUAGUGGUGUUCAUGGCCGCGCGCUCACCACCUCGACUGGCCGUACGAGUUUGCCGCCGCCGGGGCCCUCGAGCCGCCUGUGCCUCUUGGCUGCUGCUGGGCUGGCGUCCGGCUCUGGGCAGGAGGACUACGAGGCGGUUGCCGGGACCGGGGGCGAGUUCACGGACCCCCCGGCCGGUGCCGCCCAUGCGACCGGGGCUGCGGCCGGGGCCGGGACUGCCCCCUUGGAGGUGGAGGACGCGCCCCAGGAUGAUGGCAUGCCGCCCGACUGCCCCCGCUGCGCGCUGUGCCACCGCUGGGCCUCGCCUCUUCUGGCGCCGCCGCCGCCCACGCCGGGUUACGCGCUGCCGUCACCAGUGCAAGCGAAGGCGGUUCCGGGCAUCCUUACGGUGGUGCAGGUGGACCAGGGCGGCCCCGAGGUGGCAACACAACGAGAAGCCGGGUUGGUGCGCACGGGUGUAUCAGCACCGCCGCCGCCGCCGUCGGAGGCAGCGGCGGCAGCGUAUGCCUCGGAUCCCGGGACUGUGUGUGGCGGAGGCGGUGGCACCGCCAAGGCCACCGCCAGCGGGAUGUCGACUGCUCAGCCGGAAGAGGCCACAGGUACCGCUGGCACGAGCUCUGGUGGCAGCAUGGCAGGCGACCCGACGGAGGCCGCGGACGUCGUCGCAACGAAUUGCAAUAAGUUGCAGUUAUGUGUGUCCUCAUCAGGGGUCGUCCAGGCGGAAGCUCCGGCGCCGUCGGAGAUGCCGGCGGCGCCGGCAGCGGGUGGUGCGCCGCAGCCGCCGGCAGCCGCGGCAGCUGCGCCCAAGGUGGAAGUUAAGAGCGAGGGCGACUCGGCGGAUAUCGUCGUCCUACCUCCGGGGCUCGCCGCAUCAUGCGCCACGCAGCAGCAGCAGCAGCAGCAGCAGCAGCAGGCCGCGGUGGCGGGGUGCGGUCUGGGGCCGCUGGUGGAGGUGCGGGCUGGUCCCGCCGCGGGCCACUCGGGGCAUCUGACGGUGCUGGUUCACUCGCAGUGCGCGCUGUGGUCUGCGGAGGUGUUUGUGAUUGGAGGCGCCAUGUACGGCGUCCCUGCGGUGAUCAAGCGCAGUCGUGGGCAGCGCUGCGCGCAUUGCGGCCGCUCCGGAGCCACUUUGUCGUGUUGCAGCGCCAGGUGCGGCCGCACGUACCACCUGCCAUGUGCCAUGGAGGCCGGAGCCACGUUGGUGGCGGAGCCGUACUCUAUGGCCUGUCCGCUCCACCGCGGCGGUGCCCCUACAGCGGCCCACACCACCUCAUCUACCGGACCGCAGGGCCGCAUGCCGCAAUCGAGGCUACGGCCCGCGCCAUCUCAGGACGCCUCCCAAUCGACUGCCACCACGACAGCCACCACCACCGCCGCCGUCACCGCCGCCACAGCGACGGGAGGAGCAGCCCACCUGCCCCUGACGCAGUCUCAAGGCCAACAGCAGCAACAGGUGCCCCUGCCGCGAUCUCUGCAGAUCGCAGCGGGGCGCAGGAUUGUAUUGCCGCCACUAUCGGCGGCGGCGCCGCCGCCGCCGCCUCAACCACCAGGGAACUCCGCCGCCGGCGAGCCGCCGCCACCGCUGCCGCCGCCGGCGCAGCGCACAUCGCGCGUCGCCGCAGAUGCGAGCAGCCUCCCCGCCUUGAUGAUGCUCCGAACGCGAGCGGAUGUGUCGCUGCAGGCGAGUAGCGGCGCCGCAAACCAGUCGCAGCGCCAGCCCCAAGCGGCCUCGCACCCCCCGCCGCCGCCGCCGCCAGGGGCUGACAUCGCCGCGGUGGCAACGGCCGUUGAUCCACAGGCGGAUAAUGAUCAAGGCAAUGGCGGUGUUGUUGGGGGAGGCCCUGAUGGCGAGCAGCAGGCCGCGGAGGCGGAGGCUGGCGACCAGCGGGAGGAGCAGCAGGAGCAGGGGCCGACGAAGCGCUCGCGCCCGUCAAUGGAAGCGCAGAGGCGUGGAGGUGGCGGCAGCGGCGAAGCACCAGCGGACAGCGAGGCCGGCAGUACCGCCAAGGCCGCCGCCGCCGCUGCCGCCGCGGCCUUGGCUAAUGGCCUGGUGCCUUGGCCUCAGGGCGCGCCGCACAUCUUUGAGCGGCGACAGGCCGCAGCUGCAGCCACAGCUGCGGCGGCUGUAACCGCUGCUACGGCAGCUGCCGGUGGGAUAGCGAUGCUGGCCAACAUGUACGGCAGUUUGGCCGCGGCGCCGUCGGGCGUGAGCAGCGCCCAGCUGGAGAUGAGCUCGGUGGCUUCGGAUGGCUUGGCGACGUUGAACAACAGGCUGGCAGCACAUGACCAAGGCCAGGGGGCGGGCUCUGGCGCGCACCUGGCGCUCAAACGCCGCCGGGGGCCGCCGGAAGCCGGAGGCGAAGGCGAAGCCGAGGACGCAGCAACGGCACCAGCAGCUGCGGGCGACCUGCAGCAGAUCGCCAUGGGGCGCAGCGAAGACACAUCGGCAACGGAUCCAUCUCACCCCUCCCUGCCCCAGUCGUCGCAACAGCAGCAACAACUACGUCCGCCCGCAGCACCGCUGCCUCCGCUGCCCAUGGCGAUGGGCGCUAUUCAACCCAUGUUGCGUGCCAGCGGCGGCGGCGCUGAAGCCCAUCCGGGAGACACGUUGGGUCUGGGUCUGGGUCUGGGUCUGGACCCUUGUAGCGGUCUGCACCUUUCCCACGCCUCCGCACUGAAGCUGCUGCAGCAGCACCCCCACUUGGGGGGCUCACUGCCGGAGGGCGUCGCGGCGAUGCUGCUGGCCGCACACCACAAUCACCACCAUCACAACCACAGCAGUGCCAAUAUCAGUGGCGGCGGCGGGCCCAGGCAGGGCGGUGGUGGGGAGCUCUCUGUGGGGAGCCCCCCCGGCUCGACAGCGGCUCAGACACAGCCGACUCGCGGCGGCGGCGGCGGCGGCGGCGGCCGGCCGCGGCACCAUCAUCCUCAUCAUCAUCCGCAUCUGAGCAGUAGCCAGAUGCCGGCAGUACCAGCCCGAGUGAGCGGCAGCACCGCAAGCGGCUCCACGGGUACGGCGUUUGUGCGUGGCGGCGGCGGCGCCGCCGUCGGCGACGAGUCGCCGUCACCGCAGUUCCAAAUGCCGCCGCCGUUCCCCGCUGCUGCUGCUGCUGCUGUUGCUGCUGCUGUUGCUGGCGGCGGCGCCGGUGGCGGCAUGCUGGCGCACAUGCUACCUCGAGCGGCCCGGAAUAUUGAGGGCUUGCUCCCCAGUCGGCCGCUGCUGCACAACCCCUACGUGCCCAGUAGCGGGGAUCCCGCCGCGGACCUGACGCUGUCUAAGAUUGCGCAGAACGGGUCGCGGGAGGUGGAGGCGGAGCUGCUGGGCGGAACCACAGGUCGCGCGGGCCACUCCGGGCGUUGCGCUGUCUGUGUCAUCCAACGCAAGGGCAAGUGCGGUACGGAGAGCGCUCCGAAGAAAUGCCUCCGCCGCCAGCUCGUCGCGCUGCAAAGGGCCACAGGCAAUGGCACCGGCGCCACCAUAGCCGCUCUCAGCGGCCUGAGUGGCGGCGCCAGCGGGGGCGGCGGCGGCGGCGGCAGCGGCGGCGGCACGUUGGCGACGGAUGAUGUGGAGGAGGGGGGCUAUGUCGACGCAGGCGUUAGCGGGGGCGUUAGCGGGGGCGGUGGCGGCGGCGGCGGCGGGGGCAUUACCACCGCCAUCGUCUCGACGGCGCUGUACCUUGAUGAGUGCCUCGCCGCUGCGGCGGCGGAGCAGCGUGCGCGUGAACGUGCGCGCCGUGAAACGUGGUCGCUCCCGCUGGGGCAAGGCAGCGGCGCGACAGGCAAGAGACCGCCGCAGCCGCCGCAGCCGCCGCUGCCGCAUGCGCAACAGCAGCAAUUUGCCGCCACGUGA